AUGGAAAGAGAGCAAGUGCAAUAUACAGAGCAUGUGAAUGAAAAGAGACAACAAUUGGAUGAUGGUUAUGCAGAGAGCGACAACCACAACAGCAAGAAUAACUCUACUGUCCUGAUCAAAUCGCCUGAGGAAAUUGCAUUUCUUCGCAAGUUGAAUUGGACUCUCUUGCCAUUGAUCUUUCUCAUCAUUUUUAUUCAAUUUUGUGACAAAUCUGCACUGACUGUAGCUGCUGUGCUGGGCAUCAUCGAAGACACAGGCAUGAGUGGUAGUCAGUAUAGCUGGCUAGGCUCCAUCUUUUAUUUAGGUUACCUAGUUUGUCAGACACAAUUAUUAACCAAAAGCGUCUUAUUUUACUUUGAAUACUCAAUUCAGGUACCAAACAAUUACUUGAUUCAGAGACUACCAAUUGGGCGAUAUCUAGGUUGUGUCUUGGUCAUUUGGGGUAUCGUAAUGGGAGCAACGGGUGCUUGUAACACAUUUGGUCAAUUGCUCGCCACCAGAUUCUUAUUGGGUCUCUUUGAAGGUGUCACAUAUCCUUGUAUCUAUAUCUUGCUAAACACUUUAUACCGUAAAUCUGAGCAAUCAAGAUGUUGGGGCUUUGUUCAUGUCGGCACAGGCAUGGGCACUAUCUUGGGCGUUGUCAUUGCUUACGGCCUUGCUCAUUUAGACGGUGUCAAAGGCCUCCGAGGCUGGCGUUGGGGAUACAUUGUCUUUGGUAUCGCUACCGUCGUCGUUGGCUUCUUGACCUUCUUCUUCUUGGUGGAUGAUACUCACCAUAGAUUGUUGCGAUUGACCGAAAAAGAAAAAGAAAUCGUUCAAGAAAGAUCCAAAGACAAUUGCGUAGUGCGAAACAAGGAAAUCAAGAGGGAGCAAAUGUGGGAAGCUGCUAAAGAGCCUCGACUGUGGAUCCUCUUUGUGGUCUUUCUCUUGAACAGUCUUCAAAAUGGUGGAUUGAUCACAUUUAGCGCCUUGCUUGUCCAAGGCCUUGGUUUCUCUUCUCUCAAUUCCAUCAUCCUUCAAAUUCCCAAUGGCGCUGCCGCCGCAUUUUUUGCCAUGGUAUCUGUCUUGCUUGCUCACAAGCUUCAAAGAAACACGUUUACAGCCAUCGGCACAACCAUUAUUUCCUUGCUGGGCUGCAUAUUUUUGGCUGUCAUUCCUGGUACACCAAAGUUGGUUGGUCUCUAUCUUAGUUGGGCAAUGACAGGUACCUCAUCUCUUAUAUUGACGCUUGUCUCCAACAAUGUCUCUGGUUACACAAAGAAGGUCUUUUACAAUGCUGUUCUUAUCGUAGGACAGACCUUUGGUAACUUUAUUGGCCCUCUUAUCAUGGUUGAAGAUCAAGCACCAACAUACUGGGGAGGCAAGUAG